AUGACUUCAAAAGUAAUUGUAUAUGGUUCGCAUGGAAAGGUUGGUCAAUUGCUCAUGAAGCACAUUGUGGCUCGUCUGGGCCUCCAGGCAACAGCUAUUGUUCGGAAUAAAGUCCAAGCUGAACACAUUACCCAAUUGACAGGAAAUUCGGAGCGAGUCGGCAUCGAUUUUGCUGAUUUGGCCGAUACUCUGGUUGGAGAGUUACAUGACCAAAUAAAGGGACAUGAUGCAGUCAUCGUUACAGCUGGAUCUGGUGGUAAGGACUUGCUUCGUGUGGAUUUGGAUGGUGUGGUGAAAAUAUUUGAGGGCGCUGUUGAAGCUGGAGUCCGUCGAUUGGUUUUGGUGAGUGCGAUUUUUGCCGAUGAUCGUGCCUUCAUCAGCAAGCAGGGUCGUAAGAUAGGUCUUGAAAACUACUACUUGGCAAAGUAUUACGCGGACAGAAUUUUGAGGAACGAGUUCAAGCUGAAAUUGGACUUUACAAUCUUACAACCUAGUGCUUUGGCGGAUGGUGCAGGCACAGGUAAAAUCCGUCUCUUGUCUCUGGGUGACGAAGUGGGUCUGGUGAAGAGAGACGAUGUAGCACACGUUAUAUUGGAGGUGUUGGACCAGAAGGACACUUUUGGAAAGUCCUACGGUUUUUCUGAGGGCGAGACACAUAUCGACUCAGUGAAAUGGUGA